AUGGAGCACCUCUCUGAGGCCCUCGUGGUGCACCAGCACGAACGCGCCCUCCUGUGCACGGGUGACGACGGAAUAGAUGCAUUCAUCGGCUCAUCUUCGAGUAGUUCGGAGAGGCAGGCAUGCUACGCCUUUGCGGCCUGGUUGCUGGACAACCCAGGGAAAGCGGGCGCCCCGGGGACUUGGGAGGAGCCGUCUACCGAUUUUAAG